AUGACAUUGCACUCGAAGGGGCACGAAACUGAACUUGAAGUCAAGUGUACCACUCUCAUCGUCGAAUCGUACAGCUACGGGCCAUUUGGGUCAUGCCCAGUGAUGGACUUCUUCACCAGCAACGAGUUGAAGGGCGGACCAGUACACACAGCACUCACACUGAUCCUCAUGUUAGGUGCCAUGAAGCACUACUGGAGGAGCCAAAUCACCUUCAAAACGCACUAG